AAUGGAGGCUGGACGACACUUGAUGUAAAAGAUGGACCAAAAUCAGACACUUACAAAUGUCAAUGUCCAUGGCUAUAUGCAGGAGAUUUAUGUGAAUUCGGUCCACGAAGGGCAAGCAAGUAUAAUGGCAACAAUACAAGUCAAUAUGGAAAAUAUAUUAAUUCCUCCACACAAUUCAAUGCUUUUUCAAUAUCAGUCUGGAUUACAAUAUAUGACGAUGUUUAUUAUGAGACUAGACAUCCAGCUGUAGUGUCUCAUGCAUUUCAAGGAAAAGAAAAAGUCCAUGCAAACGCUCCUGUGAUUUUAUUCAUAAAAAAAAAUAUAUCCAUUUAUUUUUUUGAUUCUUUCAGAAGUGGUCAUAUUGGUGAUAUAUUUGAUGGAAAGCAAUAUCAUAUUAUGAUCACGUGGCAAAAGGUUGAUGGACAAAUGAUAGUUUACAAAGACGGUGAGCAAAAGUAUUCAACAAUUGUUGCAGAAAACCGAACACUUUUAGCAGGAGGAGUAUGGGUGAUUGGACAGGAUCAAGACUCUCUUGAUGGAGGAUUUCAGAAUCGUAACUCUUUUAAAGGAACAAUUGAUGCUGUAUAUAUUUGGGACAAAGUAUUGUCAAUUGAUGAUAUAAAGCAACUUGCAAAAAGUUGCAAUGCAUAUUUAAGUGGAUACAUCAUUGGUUAUCAUGACUUUAAAUUUACUAAUACUACUAAUCUUAUUGAACCAACUUGCUACACAUAGACAUUACAGCUUUAUUGAACUUCUUUUCUAAUUUACUAUUACGUUUAUUGAAUAUUUAUCACGCUUAACUUUAGUGUAUUUAAUUAUUGUAUUAAGUUGACGUAUUUAUUUAUAUAUUAAGUUAUAAGCAAUGACCACUACUGUAUUAGCUUUAUAAUGUAAGUAAUAAAAUUUUGGCACCGA